CACUGCUUCAGCAAAACAAAGUGAAACUAUAAUUCGGCUUCUCCUCGAUCAAUGGCCGUCAACAAGCUCUGUACAGGUCAAAGUAAGCACUGCGCAUGCCUUACGUUGGUCCAGAUACCGAGGGUGAUGGAAUCAGCCUACAUCACGUCGCCAUUACGUCAAUAUUUUAGGUGCUUUCACUUAUACAAAAACGAAGAAAUGCAUUUCUCUGAGUUAGCCACAACACAAACUCUCGAAAUUUAUGAAUCUGCGUAUGUGAUUACACAAACAUGUGCAAAUUAAGUACAUAAUUAUUAUGUGAACGAAUCUAUAGAUUAUAUGAUAUAAUUGCAAAUAUAAUUUUCAAGUGCGCUCUCUGGGACGACAUUUCUUUGUUUGCUUUCUGUAGAAGAUUUUAUUGUCUAAAUGCAGAACGUUUUCGUGUUUGACUUUACAUAAAACGACCAGUGAAUCUGGCCGGCAAUAAACGAAGAUGAAGGUCAGCAGUUGCUGCUGCUGUUUCUCGCUUAAAACGGGAUGCAUUAUCAUUUCCGCAUACUACAUUAUAGUAUCUCUCCUACUGCUCGUAUCUUCCUCGAUGGAUCUUUAUGGUAUACUUACCACAGACGAGGACGGUCCCGACAAAGGGAAGGACCCUAUAAUAAGAGGAAUGUUAUGGACAUUCUUAUUAAUAAUUGGCCUGCACGUGCUUGUGAGCUUCGUGCUUCUAGCAGGAGCCAAGAUGGAAGUUCCGGCCAUGGUACUCGUUUGGAUUAUAGCUAACAUUGUCUUCCUGGUGGCUGUCGUGUCGGGAAUGUCAGUCAGACUGUUCCUGGACCCAAGAAAAUUCUUGGCGUCAAUAGGGAAAAGAAUCUUUAGCAUAAUCAUUGGCAUCUACUUCUUAAUAGUGGUGAAGAGUUUCCACACAGAACUGAAGGAAAGGCAAGCCAACGACGCAGAACAUGUGUGAAGAAGUGACGGUUCGCGAUGAUGCCGCUUAAAACAUCUUGCUUCUUUGGACAAAUCUCCGUGAGGUCUGGAGCCUUGAUACUGGCAGUACUGGAAACUGUCAUCGCUGCUGUCGGUAUACUUCUCAGCAUCAUUGCAGGUUCCGGAGGUUUGCGUUUAAGUUACAGAUAUGAUAGCAUCAUAAUUAAUUUCAUCUUAAUUGGUAUUAUUGGCGUUGUCAUCAACCUUCUGCUUAUAGCUGGCAUAGAAAAGAAGAAACCAGCAUUGAUUCUGCCUGCAGUAAUUCACUACCUGGUUGGAACAGCAGUCCUCUUCGUCAUCAUAUGCAAUUUGUUUUACAUAGCAACUGCAAUCUUUAUCAGUACAAUUAUUCUGGUCGUCGGACCUCUCAUCAUAGGAAUUUUCUUCUACUUUUGGCUUAUCGUGUAUAGUUACUACAGACAGCUGAAGAGCGAAGUUUCUGGAAACAUCUCGAGACUUGACAAUCCGUUGGAAAAUGAACCCAUGUUUGGGGUAAAGACAUCAACAUAACUGUAACGGUCACGUGGACGAAGCUACGAGUGGCAUCUCGCACGUGCGUACAUCGCAUCCCAAACUGGUUAUAUCACUCGUCUCAUGCACUGCAAAUCAUUCUCCUAAACAUUGGAGGUUUUAUCAGUUUUUGUAAACAAUUUGUUUUAUAUUUUAUUGGACAUUGUAUGCUUAUUUGUAAGUGCCGAGAGAUUGGAUGGGAUGUUCUUUGUCAUUUUAUGUUACCAUGUAUUUAACAGACUGUAAUAGUUUUAAACAAGACUAUAAAAAAAUAACGAGGUAUUCGAAAAUG